GAGGUUGGGAAAGGGAGUGGCCCUGGGGCCUGCGUAAAGCAGCCUGAGGUUUCCUACACCGCUCCUGGGCUGAUCUGAACCAGGGCCUGGCCUCUGUGUUCUCAGGCCGCAUGUCCAGGAAGUCAUCCUCACGUGCGAGGGACGACACCAUGGCGGAUGGCGAGGGGUACCGGAACCCCACGGAGGUCCAGAUGAGCCAGCUGGUGCUGCCCUGCCACACCAACCAGCGUGGAGAGCUGAGCGUUGGGCAGCUACUCAAGUGGAUCGACACCACGGCCUGCCUGUCCGUGGUUGGCCCAGCUGGCCCCUCUCUCUCUCGGACCCCACAGCCUGAGUGUGGGUGCAAGCCAUCAGGUCUCUGCUUCAUCACAGAGUAGCCUUGAACGUGGCUGCUUCAGGUUGGCUUGAAGAUGUCGCGAGCCAUGACUGCGUCUGCCUCCUGUGUUCCCUGUGUGGAGCUGGGUGGGCUGCGCGAGGUCAAGGUCAUUGCACUCCUUUUGUUGUCCCAGGGUUCUCCAGCCCGCAGGAGAGGGCAUGGGGGACAGACAGGCGAACUGACUCAUCCCUAGCACUGUUUGAUAGGCCCUGACCCAGCCCCAUGGGUGGUGAAGGGAUUCCAGAGGGACCAAGGCACCUGAGUGCGGUCAGGAGGGUAAGAAUGACUAGGCAGAGGAGCUCUAGAAGGCCAGGAGUGAGUGGUGCGGUGCGACCGUUCUGCUCCUGAGUGAGUGUCUACUACUUGGCAAGCACUAUUCUGGGGCUGGGGCACACAAUGAGUAAGACGGACAAAAAUCCUCAUCGUCGAGUAAUUUACAGUCUAGCAGGAGAAGGAGGGACACUAGACAGACGAAGGCCAGAUAUGCAGAGCAGGGUUAGGGCUGGUGACAGAGGUGCAGGAGCGUGGGGAGGGAUGGGGUAGUGGGCAGAGGAAGUUACACCCCAGCUUGGGCAGCUGGAACAGCGUCUUGAGGAGGUGGCACCUGAGCAGAGGCCUGUGUGACGAGGAGGCUGCUAAUAAUGUCUGCCUUUCUUAUCCUGAUGCCAGCGGAGAGGCACGCUGGCUGCCCCUGCGUCACUGCCUCCAUGGACGACAUCUAUUUUGAGCACACCAUUAGUGUUGGACAAGUGGUGAAUAUCAAGGCCAAGGUGAACCGGGCCUUCAACUCCAGCAUGGAGGUGGGCAUCCAGGUGACCUCCGAGGACCUGUGCUCUGAGAAGCAGUGGAAUGUGUGCAAGGCCUUGGCCACCUUUGUGGCCCACCGGGAGAUCACCAAGGUGAAGCUGAAGCAGAUCACUCCACGGACAGAGGAGGAGAAGACGGAGCACAGUGUGGCAGCUGAGCGCCGGCGCAUGCGCCUGGUCUACGCAGACACCAUCAAGGAUCUCCUGGCCAAUUGCGCCAUUCAGGACGACCUGGAGAGCAGAGACUGCAGCUGCAUGGUGCCAGCAGAGAAGACCCGAGUGGAGAGUGUGGAGCUGGUGCUGCCCCCCCACGCCAAUCACCAGGGCAACACGUUUGGGGGCCAGAUCAUGGCAUGGAUGGAGAACGUGGCCACCAUCGCAGCCAGUCGGCUCUGCCGAGCCCACCCCACGCUGAAGGCCAUCGAGAUGUUCCACUUCCGAGGCCCGUCCCAGGUCGGGGACCGUCUGGUGCUCAAGGCUAUUGUGAACAAUGCCUUCAAACAUAGCAUGGAGGUGGGCGUGUGCGUGGAGGCCUAUCGCCAGGAGGCUGAGACCCACCCGAGGCACAUCAACAGCGCCUUCAUGACCUUUGUGGUCCUGGAUGAAGAUGACCAACCCCAGUUGCUUCCCUGGAUUCGGCCCCAGCCUGGGGAUGGUGAGCGGAGGUACCGGGAGGCCAGUGCUAGGAAGAAGAUCCGCCUGGACAGGAAGUACAUCGUGUCCUGUAAGCAGACAGAGGUGCCUCUCUCUGUCCCCUGGGACCCGAGCAACCAGGUGUACCUGAGCUACAACAACGUCUCCUCCCUGAAGAUGCUCGUGGCCAAGGACAACUGGGUGCUGUCUUCGGAGAUCAGUCAGGUCCGCCUGUAUACUCUGGAGGAUGACAAGUUCCUCUCCUUCCACCUGGAGAUGGUGGUGCAUGUGGAUGCUGCCCAGGCCUUCCAGCUGCUCUCAGACCUGUCUCAGAGGCCAGGGUGGGACAAGCAUUAUCGGAGCGUGGAGUUGGUGCAGCAGGUGGACGAGGAUGAUGCCAUCUACCAUGUCAUCAGCCCUGCCCUGGGUGACGACACCAAGCCCCAGGACUUCGUGAUCCUGGCCUCCCGAAGAAAGCCUUGUGACAACGGGGACCCCUAUGUCAUCGCUCUGAGGUCAGUCACACUGCCCACUCACAGAGAAACCCCAGAAUACAGACGUGGGGAGACCCUCUGCUCAGGGUUCUGCCUCUGGCGUGAGGGGGACCAGCUGACCAAGGUAUCCUACUACAACCAGGCCACCCCGGGCUACAUCAACUACGUGACCACCAAUGUGGCCGGCCUCUCCUCUGAGUUCUACACCACCUUCAAGGCUUGUGAGCAAUUCCUCUUGGACAACCGGAAUGAUCUGGCCCCCAGCCUCCAGACCCUGUAGGAGCCCUCAGUGGUCACAGCACACCCACCCAACUCCAUCCUGCCUCCAAGGACUACAUGCAGUGUGUGGAGAA